UUCAAAACUCCGAACUCCGACGGGCGUCGCGUACCAUGUUAUCUGUAUGAUUUCAAUCGCUCGAAUAUUUCAUUGAAUCUAUUAAACUGUUUGUGUGUACUAUCAGGGAGAACUAGUUACUAUUGAUCACGACAGAUUGCUGAAUGUUACAGGCCGAUAACAUGUCAGCAGAGUGAUAGUUCACGGAAGAAACAACAAAAAAGUAUAAGAAUGAUGUCGUUGUCACUUUUAGCAACUUACGACGAGCUGGUGAGAUGUACAAACGUCUUGCUAAAUGGGGCCUGCGAAGAAGAAUUCCUACGAUUCGCUUUAAAUCAAGAGGAGAUGAGACAGAAAUGGCUGGCAUCAGUGCAAGAAUGUCAACGACUUCAUUCAGCUUUGGAUAAGGCUCAUGCUGAAAUCGCGGGUCUUGAGAGAAAAUUGCGUCACGCAAGAAGAAAUUUGGAAGAAGAGAAUCGUAAACGUCGUGAUGUCGAGGAUCAUAGAGAUUAUUUAAAGGAACAAAUUGAUACAGCCAGAGAUUUACUGUUUAAUGAUAGAGGGAAAAAUCUGAAUCAUGAAACUAGAGAGAAAUUACAGUUUCUUAAUAAUACUUCAAUGAAUCAACGUCAAAGUAACACACAUAUUCAAGAUGUACCGAUUGACAAACUUAACACAAUAGCGGAAUUGAAUUCCACUGGCUCAUUAUUGAGUGACCUUAAUUGUUUAUCAAGAUCAGAUGAUGACUUUGAGACCAGUGCUAUUUUGCAAAAUCAGAAAAGGCGAGAAUGGAAAGAGCAUCGUCCCAGUAGCGAAUAUUCCAAAAAACCUCAUCGCAGUACAUUGCACAAAGCUACAGAAUUAAAUUCCUCUGAUAAAAUAGUAGCGACUACUACUGUAGUUAUGCCAAAGGAUGGUACAAUUACUGCAUCAUCCACGAUCGAGGCUAUACCUGGUGAUGAAAAUGCUGAUCCCCAGAUUCUCCUGCAUAAUUCACGCAAACGACGUAAAAGUAGUACAGAACACAAUAAAUCAAAAUUAUCGCAUUUAGAUGUAAACAAAAUGCCAAUUGAUACAGCGCCAUCAGCACCAAAGGCUGAUAUUCUUACAUCAACUUCAGACUCGGAGGACAUUUAUAAACCAAGUCCAAAUAUUGGUGGCUAUACCAUGAAUUUAAAAAUGUCUAGAAGUCAUCAUUUUGUAGCAAAAACUAUACUUAGGCCGGAAAUCUGCACACAUUGUGGGAAAAAAAUUCGAUUUGGAAAUACGCUACAAAAAUGCAGAGAUUGUAGAGCUACAGCUCAUACAGAGUGUAAAAGUUUAGUACCACUACCAUGUGUUCCAACAGGAAAUACACCUACAUUACGUGGUAUACCUGGUACUAUAGCUGAUUACACACCUAUAACACCACCAAUGGUACCUUCCAUAGUAGUUCACUGCAUUAACGAAGUUGAAUUACGCGGAAUGAACGAGCAGGGAUUAUACAGAGUGAACGGAGCAAAAGUAGAUGUCAAAUGUCUCCUGGAGAAGUUUUUGAAAGGCAAAGGCGCUCCAAAUCUUUCUAACGUCGAUAUUACGACCAUCUGUUCUACUUUAAAAGAUUUUCUUAGAAACUUACGUGAACCGUUGAUCACUGUCGGUUUGUUGGGAGACUUUAUACGUGCGACACAAAAGACGGAUAAACAGGAUGCUGACGCCGCUCUUUAUCAAGCAAUAUCAGAAUUGCCACAACCAAAUCGCGAUACUUUAGCCUUUUUGAUAUUACAUUUACAGAGAGUAUCGAGUAGUGCUGAAUGUAAGAUGCCUAUUAGUAAUCUCGCCAAGGUCUUUGGACCAACUUUAGUCGGUUACAUUUCCAAGGAACCAUCUAUUAGUGAUAUUCAGCAUCAAGUUGCGAUAGUAGAGAGUUUACUUCAAAUUCCAUCCGAUUAUUGGGCAACUUAUGUAAACCCUACAAAUUCGAAUUGCACUUCUACCCCAAAACCGGGAGAAUUGAAACAUACGCCAUCCACGGAAUCACUUCUCAAGCGUAGUAUCUCUCGCGGUUUCUUCACUCCUGUCGCUUCUAGCCGCACUUUUAUGAGGAGAAACAAGAAAUACUUUGCUACACCGCCAUCUAGAAUAGGAUACUAA